AUGCGGCCUCAACGGGAAUAUCAUAUUGUGGUUUUGGGAGCAGGUGGUGUGGGCAAGAGUUGCCUGACGGCGCAAUUUGUACAAAAUGUCUGGAUUGAGAGCUAUGACCCAACCAUAGAGGACUCAUAUCGCAAGCAAAUUGAGGUCGAUGGCCGACAAUGCAUACUCGAGAUAGAAUUAUACAUGAAGCAAGGUCAGGGCUUCCUGCUUGUCUUCUCCAUCACCAGCAUGUCUUCCUUGAAUGAGCUUUCCGAACUCCGGGAGCAGAUCAUCCGUAUCAAGGAUGAUGAGCAUGUUCCCAUUGUCAUUGUCGGUAACAAGUCCGACCUGGAGGAAGAUCGCGCAGUGCCUCGUGCGCGGGCCUUCGGGCUCUCCCAAACAUGGGGCAAUGCUCCAUACUACGAGACCUCGGCUCGGCGACGCGCCAAUGUCAAUGAGGUCUUUGUCCAUCUCUGUCGUCAGAUCAUCCGAAAAGACUUGCAGGAACCCAGCGGAGGUGUCGACACCACCCGCAAGCGCGAUGGGCCCAGCAGGGGUGACCGCAAGAGGGACAAGGGAUCCGGUGGACGCCGGCGAUCUCCAUGUGUCAUCCUCUGA